CUCAUAGACCGACACGAAUAAAAACGGUUUAGUAUAGUAUUAUUAGAACGAAAGUUAAAUGUCACGGGUUCAAAUCUGUACUUAGCAAUGUUUUUAAACAUUUGGCGGGUCGGAUAUUAGUGGAAUUCUUCUUGUAACAUGUGCAUUUUGGACAAUACUUUGGAGAAUUGGAUACUCAUAAAGUAGGAAUAUAAAGAUCUGUAUCGCUGGAAAAGAAAUUUGAAAAUGAAAGCAAUGAGUUCGGAAGAACGAUAAUGCCAGUUACCAGGUCUCAAACAAAAGACAUAUUAAGCGGGACGCCAGUGACUGUAGCAACUACACGCCAAAUUAAACGAGCAAAAACGUAUAGUGAAAAACACACUGCUACUGACACUGCAACUGGCAGGCUAGACCCAGUAAAAGAAACGAUUGUAAUAGACAAAGACAAACAAUUAUAUCCAAAACAAUUGUUUGUCUCUGGAUUAGACAAUACAUCCUCAAGGGCACACUCAAAUGGUACGAAUCGGGAACAUAUAGGUCACACUGCUAUCGUGGAAAGUGAAAGAGCAGUCAAAGAGCAAACUGAACCACUGGCUACUGAUAGGCAGUCCAAUGGAAAUCAAAAUUCCGAAAAUAAACGAAUUUUGAAUCUCCUCACAAUGGAUAUAUUUUGGUUCGUCAGAAUAACCGUUUGCCUCAUGUCGGCCAUAUGGAUUCCGGGCGGUGUUAUUUACAUUUAUACGAACCAGGGCAUUACAAGUAAUGGACACAUUGAACAUGUGCGUCAGAUUUCGGAAAAUUUCCCGUCUGAUCGACAUGUGUCACCUGGGACAGAACCUGUUAACAAAGUGAAACCAUCAAUGCAAUUGGACAUAUGCUUCCAAAGAGAUCCUUUUGUGCAGAAGAAGAUUAAGGGUGUAAAUGGUGUGUUGGAAACCGUACAAAAUCUGAAACAUGAAACUGAUAGUGCAACAUCAACAGCGAGUUUAGAUGUAUUAAAUCAACUAAAGAUCAGAUAUGAGGAGGUGGAACGAGCGAACACGAUUGCAAGCAAUGACAUGCAGGCAACUAAGGUGAGCCUUGAAGAUUUGAUGACCAAAACUAUACGGUUGUCAGCAUUGCAGAUGAGCCAGAAUAAGUCAAUCCAAGACUUACUAACAGAAAUGGACGCAAAUAAUGAGGACAUGACAACUGACAUACAUAGAAACCAUGAUGUCUUAAUGAAUACAAUUGACAGGAUUGAUGGUUUGACAAAAGCCUUGGAUGGAACACAAUAUUAUUCAGACGUGGCUACUGGAAGAUAUCCAAAUGAUGUUAGAUCUAAUUUGAUGGCAGUAGCAUAUUGCAGCAUAAUUUGCAGUAUUUUUGUUUGUCUUAUAACAUAUGCCAUAAAGGUCAUUAUUACUGCGCCAACUCAACCAAAAGGAAGGAAUCGAACAGUUGAAACAGUGAAUCCAGGAACGGACUACGUUAUCUUUACUUUCACACGUCACACAGAAGGAUUUCUAAAAACACUCCAGUGUACCAUGAUGACACAGCUGAAACAGUUGCCCUGUUUUGAUGGGACUCUUGUACAAGAAAUCUACAUCCCUGACGAUCCAGAGCUUGGACCCUUAAAGACCAGUCUUGCGAAUGUUCAAGGUUGUAUCUGUGUUUAUGAAUACAACGACAGAGAUACCAUCCUUGAGUUGCCGACAGAUUUAGAAACUAAAAAACGAGACACUCUUGCAAUGAUAAGGAAAGAAAGUGAUUCGUCUGAUUUAAAAUUGUUGGCGGUGUAUAUAUUUGACCCUAGGUCAGCGAAAUUAUGGGAUGGCGAGAUAUACAACAGUUUGAUUGGUCAAACAUAUGAAGACGACAUGUUAAGAGGGGUGGCAAAUGCAGGACAGCUUAUAUCAAUCAACAAAGAAUUUAUCAAACCGCAGUUAGACCAAAUCCAAACUAUUUUACAAUGAAAAGACGGGCACGCAAUAGAGCCAAUAGUGCUUUCCAAAGCCCUCGGACGCUUUUGUUGGUACUGUAUAUACACUUAGAUCCCAAAAAUCCUUUUCUUUUGUAGAGAUCAUAAAAAUAUAAAAAAUGAAUUAUUUAACAAAAACCUUUGAAAGGGAGUGUAUAAAGUCAAGAAGGUACAUGAAUGUAAU